GUCCAGUGCCAACCUGAACACUGCAAAACUGUAUCUCGCGAGUGCACGCUCUGUCGACUGGGUGCAGAAAAAAAUCAUCAUUUUCGCAACUAAGCGCCGAUAUUUCAGCCCUCGCUGCUAAUUGAAUAGCAGUGUAGUCCUCGGUAUUAGUAGUGCGAUUGUCAAAGGUUGUAAUCGACAAAUUCAAGACUGAAACGGGAAGCCGAAUUUUCUCAAAUUACCGGUGCCUAAGCGGGCGCGGGGCCGAAAUAAUAGUCGAUUAUCAGCAAAGGUUGGCAGCACUCGUACAACGCAAAUCUCGCGCAUAAAAUGGAGUCAGCUUGUAAUCGACUGAUUGAAAAUUAUUGAUUUCUAAAUGCACACACAUAUGUACACUGUGCGGCGAGCUGGCCUGGAAAAAGGAUUUAGCGACAAACUGCAAAUCAGAAUGAUAGCUGCUUGACUAAAAACUCUCGUUCGAUUGAUCGCGAGAAAUGUCAAUAUUAUUGUUUUGAUGCCAAAAUAGUUCAUGCCAAGACUGACUUCGAAUUCUUUUAAAAAUGCCGCUACAGAUGAUAUAAUAAACAGAGAACAGCACUUCUCGCAAUUAAUUUUUUUUUUUUUAAAAGUUUAAGCUUUACAAUCAAUAUGGCUGAUUAUGACCCACAAUUAAAAAGACUGUUGCUGCCACCAGAAGAAACAUUUUUUGAAGUGCUAAUUCGAUAUGGAUUGUAUAUUGGAACAGUUUUUCAAGUAGCUUGUAUUCUGGCUAUUGUAGUUUAUCAUGGAAGUUCAUCUGAUGGCAUAACUGCCUUCAAAGAUGAUCCUAGUGAUAUUGAAUACUCUGAAAACAGUCCGCAAGUGACUCCUAGGAGACCACACAAGCCAAGAAAGCAAGAAAAAAAGAAGAGACGUUGAACUAUAAUUAUCAAAUAAUUCGUAGAUUCCAUAGAAUGUCUAGGAUUUCAACAGUAUUUUCUACAACUUUGAAUACAAGAGUUAAAAGUUGUCAUGAUAAAAAUUAUCUCCAUACAACUGAGAAAUGUUAUUCUUUUUGAAGAAAUAUCUUCUGAAUAUUAUAAAAAUCUUAUUGCUUACUUUGUAAAGAAUCUUAUUUAUAUUUUAUUAUUUUCAUUGUAUCUUAACUUUUUUAUAGUAUUGUAAGUUGUCUUAUGUUUUAUUUAUUAUUUGUGAUUUAAAAAUAAAAUAUUUUUACAUA